UUCACAUAGAUGUUGAUGUGUUCAGUUUUAUCAGUUUAUAUAUAUAUUUAUAAAUAUAUAUAUAUGUUGUUGUUGUUUUUUUUAUUAAGUUCAAGAAUUUUUAUUUAAUCCACGCUUAUUUUCCAGAAUAUUCCGUUGGUCGGUGAGGAAUAUAAGAGGUUUAGCGCUCGCGUGAAUCUAAAUGUGGCAUGGAGCCGGUGAGUGUGGAGAACCUGUGUGUGUUGUACCACAGUGCCGAUUACCUGGUGCUCAAUAAACACUGGGACAUUCGCAUCGACAGCAAACUGUGGAGUGAAACGCACACAGUGCAGAAACAACUGAUGUAUCGGUUCCCUCAGCUCGCCGACCCUCAAACACACUACGGCUUCAGAUUCUGCCAUCAGUUGGACUUUUCCACCAGCGGUGUACUGUGUGUGGCGCUGAAUAAAGCAGCAGCUGGACGAGCGUAUCGCUGUUUCAAAGACAGAACAGUAACCAAGGCUUAUCUCGCUCUGGUUCGAGGCACUGUGGCCGAUAGCAGAAUGACGCUGGACGCUGCCAUCGGUAAAAAUACCACUGAGGGGAAAACACACAUGAUGUGUGUGGAAGGCACAGAAGGAUGUGAGAAUCCCAAGCCGAGCCAAACAUUAUUAACUGUAUUAGAAUAUGGAUCAUAUGAUGGAGAGCCUGUUACUAAAGUUCUUCUACAGCCUCUUACAGGACGCACCCAUCAGCUCCGAGUGCACUGCAGCUCCAUCGGUCACUCCAUCGUAGGCGACUUCACUUACAGCCUCGGAACAGACAACGCUCCGUACCGCAUGAUGCUCCACGCUUACUUCCUCCGAAUCCCUCUGCAGCACGAGGUCAUUGAGGUCACAACUUCCGAUCCCUUCGUUAUCGAACUCGACCCCAAAUGGACGCCAGAAACACGUGUUCAAAAUCUCGAGAGCUUAAUGACUGAAAUAAUACUGAGAACUAAAGCAGAAGAGCGACAAAGGCAGGAGGAGAAGUUAGCGCAUGAAGAAGAGAAAAAGAGGAGGAGGAAGAGUGUGGAGGAGAGUGAGGAGGAACGAGCACAGUGCCAGCAAUGGCUCUCUGAAUGGACGCUCAGUGACUAAUCAUUUUAUUUAUUUAUCAUCUUGUCUUGUUGGUUGUGAACAUUAUUAUUAUUAUUAUUAUUUUAUAACAAAUAAAUUGGUUCAUGAUGA